CCCUAUGUUUUAAAAAAAGAAAACACUUGUUUAUAAUAGUGAAAGUUACGACAGCACGUGAAGGCGUCGUAGCUUCACACUCGGAGCUGCAGUGAACAGACGCACAGUUGACUUUAACAUGGACGUUAACGAGAGGAGAAGCUCACUGCGAAGCGACGGAAACAAUUAAGUUUACAUUAUACGCCUGUUUCUUUUUUCUUUAUUGAAUUCUCACAGUUUUUCCCCCCGUGUGCACACUGGCAGUCAGUCAGAAGAAGGAUGGCGGUGCAGAAGACGAGUCAUGUGAUUGCAGGAGUGCUCAUCGUUUUCCACUUUCAAAUAAGCUCCACGAUGAAGCUCAAACCUGCCACGGGACUUGACCACAGUGACCUGCCGGAGCGAGGCCUGCAUGGAAACACGGAGAGUCCCGAGUCCAGCGAGAGGAGGUGGCCGUCCAGGCCCAGGACUGUGGCUCCUGAGUGGUCUGCUGAUAAGAGGAACCACUACAGAGACCAGCACCAACCAGAGGAGUCCGACCUCGACCUGAUGAUGCAAGAAGGACAUGACAAUUCUACUCAGAUAGUGGACACCGAUCACGCCUACUACACAUCUAAAAUCUACGGCCCUGGAGACGCAGCUGGUAAAGAGCUGUGGGUGAAUGUUGAUGAGAUGGAGGAGGACGAGUGGAAGGUCCGCGGCUUCCUGUCCAGCACCCACAGACAGGCCGAGCGAGUGAAUCUUUCCUUUGACUUUCCUUUCUACGGACAUUUUCUGAAAGAAAUCACAGUGACAAGCGGAGGUUUCAUUUACACAGGAGAGAUCAUCCACCGUCUGCUCACAGCGACUCAGUACAUCGCUCCUCUGAUGGCAAACUUUGACCCAAGCCUUUCCAAAAACUCUACUGUGUUUUACUUUGAUAAUGGAACUGCACUGGUGGUUCAGUGGAACCGUGUUCCCCUCCAGGACGUCAGUCUGGGGACGUUUACCUUCCAGGCCGUUCUCCACAGUGACGGACGGAUCGUCUUUGCAUACAAAGAGAUUCCAAUCGACAUCGGCGACAUCAGCACUGACAAUCACCCUGUCAAAGUGGGCUUAUCGGAUGCUUUUGUGGUGCUUCAUGAGAUAGAGCAGAUUCCCAAUGUUAGGAGGAGAACCAUCUAUGAGUAUCACAAAGUUGACAUCCUUAAGUCCAAAAUCUCCAACUCUACAUGUGUGGAGAUUAUACCACUCCCUACGUGUCUCCAGUUCUCCAGCUGUGGUCCGUGCGUCACGUCUCCCAUUGGCUUUAACUGCAGCUGGUGCAGUCGACUGCAAAGAUGCUCCAGUGGCUUUGAUCGUAACAGACAGGACUGGGUCGACCUCGGCUGUCCAGAGGAGAGAAGGGAUCCCCGGUGCCUCCACAGUCCUGACGUCACGAACGGCACGUCUCGCCGCACGAUUCUCACUCCCGUCACAGAGACUCCUGUGCAGCAGAGGAUUUCCAGCGUCACCUCCAACCUCCUGAGCACGACAUCCACCGCCACCGACCCCUCAACACCCAGCAGCACGUUAGCUCCACAGCCUUCAAACAGCAAUCCCACAGACGACGAUGGAAAGAUCUUGUUCCACAUCAAUGAAGCACCAGGACACGUCAAUAACACGGGACCGAGUGAAGAGCGGCUGCAGAUCGGCCUCCUCGCGGGUAUCGUUGUGACGAUGGUCGUCAUGGCAGCGGUCGUCUUGUCGUCCUUUUACAUAUACAACCAUCCAACAUCCAGCGUCAGCCUCUUCCUCAUGGAGCGACGGCCAACACGCUGGCCAAUCAUGAAGUUCCGGCGUGGUUCUGGUCGGCCCUCGUACGCAGAAGUGGAAGCUCCCAGUCAGGACAAAGACGGCAACGUGGUCAUUGACCCUAAACAGUCUUUUGUCAUGUCGGACAGAAGAGAGAGCGAGCAGAAAGAAGGAUUCAUAGUCCCCGAUCAGAAGGAAUGCUUCCUGAUCUCUGACAGUUCCUGACCAAAAACUACAUAACCCAGAAGGCUUCAGUGGACAGAGCUGGUUCUCUAUGUGAGUUAGCGUUCCUUCCUUAAAUGGUGAUGCAGCGCUUUAAGGACAGAAGCUCUAACUACAGAUUUCAUGUUUGCUGGUUGAGCCGUAGAAUAUUUUUAUUACAGUUGGGAGUUAAGUUGUAUAAAACUUGUUUACUUCACUCAGGUUUUGCGAUCACUUCUCAUUCCCACACCUACUUCACAAGGAGGAAUGUGAUAUUUGGGUGUCGAAUCCUCACCAUUACACCCACCUUCAGCUGAGGGGCAACGCUUCAAAUUCUUUUAUUUUUCAUACUUAAACACUCACUUUGCUUUGCUGUACAAUAUUAUAUACACAAGGGAAAAUAAGUGUAGACAUGACUGCCUGGUUUAAGUCACUACACAUUAUUAAUAUAAGCUUUUCCAUGGAUGUCAAAUCUACAAUUAAUGGCAUUAAAAAGUCUAUAAAUAAAAUCACUUACAUACUGUGUAACCCUAUUCAUGAAGUCUUAAAAUGCUGCUCUGUUACAUCAAUUUUUUUUUACCAAUGUGAAAAUAAACUAAUUUCUGAAAAAGCGGCA